AACAAUUGUGAUGCGGCUCUCGGCUCGCUAAUAACAACAGAGCUUCAUGCACUAACUCUUCGUUUUAUUGGUGGAGUCUUUUUCUGAAAAUUAACACGCGAGAGAACGCGCUUCUUCUUCUUCUCUGGAACUCUUUCCGCCUUUUCUCCCCAUUCGUAAUUUCUAGUUUUCCAAAUUAACAACAGUCAUGCCAUUACGCCGACUGAAAAUUCCGAUGAGUACAGAAGUACGAUUGUUACUCAUUUGCACUGCACUGUCGCUUGGUGGUUUCUUGUUUGGAUAUAACCUGGUUGUCAUGGGAGGCGUUAUCCUUAUGCCAAACUUUACCGAAAAACUGGAAAUCACACAGACCUUGGACGUGUACAUUGCCAUCAUUACAACCAUGAUGGCUGCCGCUUUUGUUGGGGCUAUUCUCUCAGGUCCUCUAGCUGAUAUAUUGGGUCGUCGUGGGUUGGCCAUUAUUUGCACCAUGAUAACCGUUGUAGGCGACUUCUUGCUAGUUGCAGCAAACAACUUAUCCAUGGUUUAUGCUGGUCGAGCAAUUACCGGGUUUUCAAUUGGAAUGCUAUCCAUGACACUUCCACUCUAUCUUACGGAAAUCGCACCACCAUUUCUUCGUGGUAGAGCGAUCGCUAUCCAUCAAUUCUGUAUUAUUCUCGGGAUAUCUAUUGCGUUUUGGGUGACUUACGCUUCCACUAACUUUUUGAGGAGUAGGUCUUGGAGAUUGCCGUUAGGCAUACAGCUUAUUCCUACCCUUAUUUUCGGAUUAUUCCUCGUCUUUAUACCUCAAAGUCCUCGGUACCUAGUGCAAAGACAUCGUGACCAAGAAGCAUUGGAAUCACUUGCAUUGAUACGCGGAGAUGGUACGACUGCGCAUUCCACCGUCCAAAUGGAAUUUACCGAAAUCAAACAGACGAUCAUGUUUGAAGAAAAGCACAAGAGAAAUGGGUACAUGUAUCUAUUUCGUCAUGGAGAAGAUCGAAACUUCCAGCGGUUGCUGGUCGGAAUAUUAGCUCAGGCAUUUCAACAGCUCACAGGUGCAAACGCUCUCAUGUUAUAUGCACCCAUUAUCUUUCAUAGGACAGAUGUCAAUGGACAUGUGCCGGCUCUUUUUGCCAAUGCUAUCAGUGGACUUGUAAUGGUAGUGGCUACUAUUCCAGCAGUCGUAUGGAUCGACCGCUGGAGUCGACGUAAAACCAUGAUUUUGGGUGCUUUAGGAUGUUGUGUGUGCAUGAUUGCCAUGGCGACAGUUGCUGGUGUAAACAAUUACCACGCGUCUGCCUUGGAACCGAUUUACUAUAUACAAGAGCAGGGUGAGCUAAACACAAGCGUGAGGAUAAACAAUCCCAGCGCAAGCUCAGUUAUAUUCUUCGUCAUGUUUUACCUCUUUCUUGGUAUUUACGGAUGCACUUGGGGUCCCAUGGGAUGGAUAUACCCAGCCGAAUUAUACACACAAGGUGUCCGUUCCAAAGCACUGGGGAUCACCACAGCAAGCAACUGGUUUUUCACUUUUGGUGUUGUCCAGCUAGCUCCCUUGGCCUUCCAUAGUAUUCAGUGGCGGAUCUAUGUCAUUUACUGUAUCCUUUGCCUGGCUAUUGCAGUGAUUGUAUACGCAUUUUUCCCCGAAACUCAGGGCAAGUCUUUAGAAGAAAUUGAUCUACUAUUUAGCGGGAAUUUUAAAACUGAUGAUCCAAAUGUCCACCAUCCGCAAACAGCAUCCGAAGCACUUGAUUUACUCGAGCAAAAGAAUAGUCAAUAUACCACACUAUUUGCCUUUACGGAUACUGCUGGUUUCGUUGAUCAAUAAAGCAGAAUAUGCACCUUCGUAUAC